CCGAUUCCUCCCCCUUCGAUGGGGCGGGCUCUGCCGUCAGCUGACUCGGCCGCCUCCGCCAACCCUCCCGCCGGCGCCGCAGGGGAGGAGCUGCGGCCGAGUCGGGCUGAGAACAAAACAAAGCCGCGCUCCAGGUCGGCGUCUGAACAGCCGCCAAGAGGAGCGAAUCCGGUUUGGGCGCAAUGGCACCCCGGGGCGCGCAGACGAGGGCCAGGAGCUAAAGCGCCUUCAGCAUCUUUGGGAAUCGGACCAAUACUACCUGGCCUGUAAAACUGGGAUUAUGGACCAGGCAUUAUCUGUCUACUUCCUUUUGGGGUGGUUAGGAGGAGACUCUUUAAACCUGAUUGGGUCAUUCUUGGCUGACCAGCUACCACUACAGGUAUACACAGCCAUCUAUUACGUACUGGCAGACCUGCUUAUGAUGUCCCUCUACCUCUAUUACAAAGUCAAGAACCAGAACAGAACCUUCUCUGCUUCAAUCAAUGCUGCUUUUGCGUUCGUCGUUGUGGGAACGGUGUCUGUGACCUCCUUUCUGGAGAGACCCUCCUCUCUUCCCGGAGACGAUACUGCGUCCUUCAGAGGGAGGAUGCUUCUCUCGUCCGCAGAAGAUGGUACUGGGUGGGAGCCUUUCACCCAGCAAGAAAUCAUUGGUUUCAUUAUCGGGUCUGUUUCGUCUGUCCUCUACCUGCUUUCCCGGGUCCCACAGAUCUACACGAAUUUCAAGAGAAAAUCGACCGUCGGCAUAUCUUACUCUCUCUUCGCUCUGGUGAUGCUGGGGAACACUUUGUACGGACUCAGCGUCCUGCUGAAAAACCCGGAUCGGGGCCAAGCUGAAGGCAGCUACGUCAUCCACCACCUCCCAUGGUUGAUUGGCAGUUUGGGAGUCCUGGCUCUUGACAUCGUUAUUUCGUUUCAGUUCCUUGCCUACCGCCGGAAGAGGCUACCGUCGCUUGAAGAGAGAGAGGCUCUCCUGGGUGCGCAAGAGGAACCUACCGAAAGCUGACAAGGCAUGAUUUUUAAGUGAAUGAAGAUGCUGUGAAGGUCUUCUCCAUUCCACUGGACUUUGGAGAGCACGCAACACAGUUAAUCCUUUACUGUUGAACAGAUCCUUCUCCAUUUCGGGGUUGGGCUGACUACCUCUAAACGGACAAUGUUUCUAUUUAAAAGGGUGGGUUGGGGAAUUAAUCUCACAGGUUGUAAGCUGAGGACUGAAAAUGGUGCAUAUCUU